AUAUGGGUCUGGAGGUGGAAAAUUAAGGCGUUAUGAUUUUUAGAAUGGGAGGAAGAAACAUAAGUGCAAAAAUGAAAAAUUCCUGCGUCCAGGGGUUAAUAGCUGGAGGACACAUUCGUACUCCCACACAAACUACCGCCGGUCUCACGCCCACGCAUGCGCUUAUCAGUAAUCCGCUGGCACUACGGUAGCCCCGCCGGGCCAAAAUUCUCUAAUCGUUAGCCUCCCAUGUCUAGUGUACAAGCUGCGGCUAUAGAGACAUCCUCUGGUUCACAGACCACUCUCCAUACUGAGCCUAGUGCGCAGACAAUCCCCGCCAGUCCGCACGGUCACCGCUCCUCCCCGCACACCGCCUCCAUCUCAGACUCGUCUAAUUCAUUCGAUUGAGAUCUUGACCCCGCCCGUUUUGUUCACGUGACGCGAUGCCACGCCCAUCCAAACACCGCCGCUUGUAACGGGGACGUGGUAUGCGGUUGGCAGGGUGGUGUGUACAGUGCACAGCUGCGGCUCAUCAUCCUCACCAUGUCCGAUGCCCAGCACGUCCCUGCUCCAGCCCCGGGCACUGACCUGGUGGCCAUCCUGUGGGCUGUGGGGCAGAGGCUACUGCUCUUACUGCCCGUCUACCUGUGCGGGUACCUGGGGUUCAGCGUAGUGUUUGUCGUCCUGGGGCUGGUGCUGUUCUUGUCCUGGAAGACUACACGGAGCAACAAAUGGGCGAGCUUCAAGAUAGCCUGCGAGUCCCUGGAGAGCGAGGAGCAGAUCACAGCGCACACCAUAUUCAAGAGCAAGAAGGAGCUGCCCUCCUGGGUCACCUUUCCCGACGUAGAAAAAGUAGAAUGGUUGAACAAGAUUCUAACCCAGAUGUGGCCUUUCAUAGGGCAGUACCUGGAGAAGCUGCUUAUAGAUACUAUGGCACCUCUAGUCCGUUCAUGUAACACCCACCUGUCCACAUUCCACUUCACAAAGAUCAGUGUUGGAGAGAAGGCCCCGAAGGUAAUUGGUGUUAAAGCUCACACAGAAAUGGACAAGAAACAAAUUAUUUUGGAUCUAAAUCUGAGUUAUGUAGGAGACAUGGAAAUAGAUGUGGAGGUGAAGAAGUAUUUCUGUAAAGCCGGAGUUAAGGGCGUGCAGCUACACGGGAUGGUGCGAGUAAUCCUGGAGCCACUAAUAGGCGACGUUCCCAUCAUCGGAGCUAUCACUUUAUUCUUCAUUAGACGACCGAUGUUAGACUUAAACUGGACGGGGCUUACAAACUUGCUGGACAUCCCUGGGUUAAAUAUUAUGUCAGACACAAUGGUUAUGGACAUCAUUUCUGGCUUCCUUGUCUUGCCAAAUCGCCUCACCAUCCCACUUGCUGCGGACCUUCAUACAGCAGAACUACGCUCCCCACUGCCUAGGGGGAUUGUGCGCAUUCACCUUAUAGAGGCCAGCAAUCUGUCUCCUAAGGAUUUUCAAAUGGGAGGAUUGCUGGCAGGAAAGUCGGACCCUUACGCCAUUCUGCGUGUUGGGACACAGGUCUUCACCAGCCGCGUCAUAAAUGAAAAUCUGAAUCCUGUAUGGAAAGAAAUGUAUGAGGUUAUAGUACACGAGGUGCCAGGCCAAGAGCUUGAGGUGGAGUUGUUCGACAAGGACCCUGAUAAAGAUGACUUCUUAGGAAGAAUGAAGUUAGAUCUUGGCGAGGUGAAGAAAGCUCAAGUACUUGACAAGUGGUACCAGCUUAAUAAUACCAAAAGUGGGAAGAUACAUCUCAGACUGGAAUGGCUUACUCUCCAGCCCAAUGCUUCACAACUUGAGCAGGUCAUGAAAAUGAACAAGGAGAUAACACUGAAAACGAAUGAAGAGCCGUCUGCUGCUAUUCUUAUAGUAUACUUGGACCGGGCAGAUGAGCUCCCUUUAAAGAAGGCAGUAAAACAGCCAAAUCCUAUGGUACAACUAUCGAUACAGGACGUGACACAUGAAAGCAAGACUGUGUACAACACAAACAGCCCUGUAUGGGAAGAGCCAUUCCGAUUCUUUCUCCGUAAUCCUACUCUUUAUGACCUAGACAUACAGGUGAAAGAUGACGAUCGGCAGCUUUCUCUGGGCUCUUUGUCCAUUCCAUUGGUGAAGAUCCUUACUGCCGACCAAUUGACGUUAGACCAGUGGUUCCAGCUUGAGAACUCUGGACAAAGAAGCAGGAUCUAUCUGAAGCUGGUUAUGAGGAUUCUGUACUUGGACCCAACUGCAUGUGUGGUCACAGGAUCCGAAGUCUCUGAUAUCGAGGAGGCCACGUGUGGCUCCAGUGUGGACAUGCCCCCAAGACCGAAUCAAACCAGUCCCCCUGAGAACUUUGGCACAGAGAAUGUGCUACGCGUCUUUAUUCUGGAAGCAGAAAGCCUUAUAGCAAAGGAUAACUUCAUGGGAGGUAUGAUUAAAGGAAAGUCUGACCCCUACGUUGUGGUGCGAUCUGGAGGAAAAUCUGUGAAAACCAGAGUAAUAAAGGAGACUCUGAAUCCACACUGGGAUCAGAGUUUUGAGAUAAUAGUGACUGAUGUCCCGGGACAGGAUAUUGAGUUCCUCUUGUUUGAUAAAGAUAUUGAUAAAGAUGAUUCUCUUGGAAGCUGUAAAGUUGCAGUGAAGAAAGUACUAAAACAGAAAGCCGUCGAUGAGUGGCUGCCAUUGGAAGAAGUGAAGUCGGGAAGAUUGCAUGUGAAAGUCGAGUGUUUGUCUCUCCUUACAGAUCCUUCUCAGCUCGAUCAGGUGCUGAUGCUGAACAGCCUUUCACAGUCCGCACACAGCGAAGAGUUCUCUACGGCCCUGCUGUGCGUGUAUCUAGAGAGAGCCAGUGGUCUGCUGGUAAAGAAAGGUGUUAAACUACCUACUGCAAGUGCACAGAUAACUGUAAGAAAAGUUACCUACAUGACCAAGGUCACCACCAAAAGCAGCGAACCGGUAUGGGAUGAAAGCUGUGCAUUCCUUGUCAAGAACCCCAAAUCUGAGACACUGCAGAUUCAAGUUCAGGAUGAGUCUAAUAAGUCCCUGGGGUCUCUGUCCCUGCCACUUGCUGAUCUCUUGACUGCUGAGUCUAUGACGCUUGAUGGCUGGUUCCCUUUGAAUUCACCUGGAGCAAAUAGUGAGGUUCUUAUGAGACUUAAAAUGAGGAUCCUCUCUUCACCUAAUGUCAGUCCGGAGCUCCGUGCUCUUAGUGUCAAAUCUUCUGUACCUGUAAAACCCCCAAACCCUCAGGAUUCAUCAUUUAGCUUAGAAUCUGCUUUGGGCAAUGACGAGAGCUCUACGGGGGAGCUGAGGCACAGGGUAUCCAAUGCCAACAGCUAUCCAGAUACCACAGAAUCCAAUGCAAGUCAGCUAAAUGUAACAGUGUAUUAUCCGGCAAAAGAGGGAAAGCUUUUAGCUGUGAUGCACAAAUGCAGGAAUUUAAAUGGCAGUUCCAAGGAGCUUCCUGAUAUAUAUUUGUCAGCCAUCUUGUUACCAGAUAAAAACCGUGCCACAAAACGAAAAACAAGCAUUAAGAAACGGACCGUUCAUCCAGAGUUCAAUGAAAAGUUGGAGUGGGAAAUACCAUUGGAGGAAGCAACAAAGAGAAAACUAGAAAUCUCUGUGAAAAACAGUGUAUCCUUCAUGUCAAGAGAAAAAGAGCUUCUUGGAAAGGUUGUUAUCGACCUUUCUCAGGUGGACUUGUCUAAGGGAGUUAAUGAAUGGUAUGACCUGUCAGAAGAAAGAACAAGCGUCUAACCUGUAUCUUCAAUGAGAUGAGCCAUUAUUUUUUUUCUUGGAGAGGUUACUUGCUGAAGUGCGAUGGACAAUCUGAAAGCAUCUCUAGCAGAAAAGAACCUUUCUCGAUCAAGAAAAGCGAGGACAUUCAUAAGAUCUGCUCCACCUUACGAGACGAUGGAACCAUUUUGUUGCUUUGAUGCUUAUGCUGUUACAAGGGAAUGUAGUCUAACAGUCUGCUGACCCCUUCUAUCCUAGAAAUUGAUGUGUAUAUAGGUGUUACUGCCAUAGGAGGGAUAAGAAGGAAGAUCAGUUACAUCUCUUACUGUCGCAUAAGGAUACAGCAGGGGGGCUUAUUGAAAUGUCUGAAUUUCUAAUAGAAAGUCUAAAUUUCUAGCAGAAAGGCCUAGUUAUUACUUUUAGUUUACAAAAAAAGGAACGUCCACUUGGAAGUAGUAUUCAGUAUAUACUAUGGCAGCAGGGAACUUGCCAGUCAGGGGUGUUCUUGAUCUUAUUAUUUUAGUUUCUAUAGUUCAGGCAAUAAUAAUCUUAUAUGAAACCUAAGGUGACCCCUAGCCCCCUCUCCCCUCCAUCCACAUUCCUACAAAGUUUGUGAGUAUUGUGCCUUUUAACCCUUUUUAUACAUUUUACCUUUUAAUUACCAUAUGGUUUAUUGUAACUGUUUUUAUUUUUUACUUGUUUUAAAGAAAUCUAAAUCCUUUUUGCCGGUUUGGUUAGGAUUGUAUAGGAGAUCUGUUUUUGUCAUACAUCAUUUAAGACUAAUAUAUGGACCUUAUGGUGUCACCUGGGGUAGACAUUUCUUAAAGGGGUACUCCGCCCCUAGACAUCUUAUCCCCUAUCCAAAGGAUAGGGGAUAAGAUGUUAGAUCGCCGCAGUGCCACUGCUGGGGACCCCCGCUGCGGCAAUGCGCUAUCAUUACAGCACAGAGCGAGUUCGCUCUGUGCGUAAUGACGGGCGAUACAGGGGACGGAGCAGCGUGACGUCAUGGCUUUGCCCCUCGUGACAUCACGGCCCGUCCCCUUAAUGCAAGUCUAUGGCAGGGGGCGUGACCACCGCCGCGCCCCCUCCCAUAGACUUGUAUUGAAAGGGACCGGCCGUGAUGUCACGAGGGGGCGGAGCCGUGACGUAACUAUGCUCCGGCCCCUGUAUUGCGCGUCAUUACGUGCAGAGCGAUCCCAGUGCUCCCCAGCAGCAGCACCGUGGCGAUCUGACAUCUUAUCCCGUAUCCUUUGGAUAGGGGAUAAGAUGUCUAGGGGCGGAGUACCCCUUUAAAGGAACCCUUCCUCUCUUCCUUGUGCUGUGAUCUGGAAAGACAUACAGAAAAGCAGAUCUCCAGAAUGUGAUGCCUUUAAAAAAAAAAUGUAAAAAAAAGGACAUGUAGCCAAUCCAAAAAAAAAAAAAAAAAGAGAUGUCACCAUCAUUAAAUAGCUUAUGACAUU